AAUACUGUAGCAGGAUUGCUACAGAAUGUAUAUAUGUAUGUAUUGCUAUUAACGAGAAGUGUAUAUAAGUGUAUAAGUGUAUAACGGUAAACUGUUGUUAGUAUAAGUCGGUGUUGUUGCUUGUUGUCGGUUCUGGCUCUCUCUCUCUCUCUUGUGCUCUCAUCGCUCUCAUGCUCUUUCAGCGAAUUAUGAGGGUUGAUGCAGAUCGCGUGGGAUGAGAGCGGAGUCAGUCGAACACCAGCAGCGAUCCGAAGCGGACAUAUUUUAAUAAAUAAAACAAAGCGAAAUAUAGCCGGCAAAGGUGUUCUUCUUCGGGGAAUAUUUAUUAUAACCCUACAAAAUCAGAAGUGGGCCGAUCUUGUGCCAAAUAAACAAUUAAAAACAAUUAAAUAAAACGAAAAUGGACGUUAGCAACGCAUCAAUUGCACAAUUAAAAAAGUGGUUGAGUGUGUUACAACUACCAACAACAGGAACAAAGCGCGAAUUAAUAUUGCGUUUAAGCAAAAUGUCAACGGAGUCGAGUAAUUAUCUGGAAUUAGUUAAUCAUCAAGACGAAGACGGCGAUGGAAGCAACGUUGAAGACGAAGAUGAGGAAGAUUUGGACUUAGAAAACAACGGAAAUGAAAACGAUAAUGACGACGAAGCUGGAGGUGAAGGAAACGACAAAGCUGGAGGUGAAGGAAACGACAAAGCUGGAGGUGAAGGAAAAAUUGGCGGUAAAAAUGAGAUCAAAGUUGGCGGCGAUCAAAGCAGAAAAGACGGAGACAAAAGGAGCAACAAAGAUGGAGACGGGAGCAGCAGCAAAGACGGCGGCGAAAACAACAACGACGACGGCGGCGAGGGAGAAGACAAAGUUGAAAAGUGUGCAUGCAAGGACAGGAAUAAAGCCAGCAGCAGCAACGCAAAAGCAGGCGCCAAAGAAGAGGUGGAAAAAGGCAAUGCUGAGAAGUCGAAGUUCUUGGAAUUUUGCAACCCAAGCGUCGACGUUUCGUUGGGCAUGGCAACACAAGUUGUGCCUGAAUUUUCGGGUGAAACUUGCGCACGAAAAUGGAUUACGCAAAUGAAAAAUAUUGCAACCAUUUAUGGAAUUGGUGGACAAUAUGUUAAGAUGUUGAUGAUUAGCAAAAUCAAAGGAAAAGCAAACGUGUGGCUACAUGCAAACCCUGAGCGCAUUAUGCUACCGUUGGAGGAGUUAAUCGCUGAGCUAAUUUCGAUGUUUUCGGAUAAAGUCUCGAAGUUAGAGGCAAGGCGUCAAUUCGAGAACCGUAAAUGGAGUUCCGGUGAAAGUUUUGGAAGCUACGUGGAUGACAAGGUGAUGCUUGGUCAGAGAAUCAGCAUAGAGGCAGAAGAAAUGAUAAGUCGCAUCAUUGAAGGAAUUCCGAAUCAAGGGCUGCGAAAUCAAGCACAUAUUCAGUGCUUUGAAAAUGUUGCGCUUAUCAAACGUGCAUUUGCGGAAGUGGAGUUGCCUAAGUCUUAUGGUGACAGGAAGGAGACAGCAGUGAACAAGGACGAGAAGGACAGCAAGGACACGCGUUGCUAUAAUUGCAAUGCUAAAGGACAUUGGGCGCAGGAGUGCAGGAAGCCAAGACGUGAGAAAGGUUCGUGCUAUGCAUGCGGCGAAAUGGGACAUUUUGUGGCGAAGUGUCAGAAAAACAAAAUUAAGAACGAGGGCAAGAACAAUUAUAAUGCCUCAUAGAUACAGGAAGCCCAAUUUCAUUUAUUAAAAUUUCUAAAGUACCCGAAGAUACUUGUAAAAUACCAGUUUUAAGUUCAUAUCAUGGAAUAAAUGAAAGUUGUUUAGAAACUUAUGGCAGAAUAUUAUGUUAUAUUAAGAAAAAAGUCAAUAAAAUACAUUUUCAUUUAGUUGUUGUGGCAAACAAAUCUAUGAGUCAUGAUGUAGUUCUUGGAAGGGACUUUAUGGAAGCAUGUGAUCUAAAUCUGAACCUUGACACCUUGAAGUUGGUUACGGUAGAAAACUUAGAGAAUGUUAAAAACAGUAAUGAUGUUAGUGAUGAAGAGAAAAUAAUUAGUGAUGUUGAUGUUAAUAAGGUUAGUGGUGAAAGUCGGAUAAUAAGCAAAGAGGUAAUAGUUAGUCAUGAACCAAAGAUUAGAAAUGCAGUUAGGUUUCGAGAAGCAACGGAAGUUGACAUAAACAUAGUGGAAAAGGAACUGUUGAAUAUUGAUAUUGAAGAUGAAUCUGUAGAAUACAAAAUUGGUGAACAAGUGGAUUAUAAGGUUAGACAGCAAUUUAUGAAAAUUAUAGAAAAUUUUUAUGUUAAUAAACAAAGACCAAAGGAACCAGAGGUUAAGUGUGAAAUAAAGCUGAGGUUGGAUGAUUCAAAACCUUUUAGCAGUUCUCCGAGACGGUUAGCCUAUACAGAGAAAGAAAAGUUACAGAGCAUAUUAGACGAGUAUUUAAAAGAGGGAAUUAUUAGGCCGAGUGAGUCAGAAUAUGCAUCUCCAAUAGUGUUAGUUAAGAAAAAAACAGGUGAUUUGCGAUUAUGUGUGGAUUACAGGAAGCUUAAUAAGACAAUGAUUAAAGAUAAUUAUCCAUUACCCUUAAUUGAUGAUUUAUUGGACACAUUAGUAAAUAAAACUAUAUUCUCCAAAUUAGAUCUUAAACAUGGAUACUUUCAUGUGUUUGUUGAGAAUGAAUCAAUUAAAUAUACUUCAUUUAUGACGCCGCUAGGGCAGUUUGAAUUCAUGCGGAUGCCAAUGGGCUUAAAAAACGCACCGGCGGUGUUUCAAAGAUUUAUCAAUAAAAUUUUUGCAGACAUGAUAAGAGAAGGAAAAGUGGUUAUAUACAUGGACGAUAUUAUGAUCGCGAGUAAAGAAAUUGAAGAACAUUUGAGUGUACUUAAAGAAGUUUUUGAAAGAUUAGCAAGAAACAAAUUAGAACUAAGAAUGGAUAAAUGCGAGUUUCUACAAGCGAGUGUUCAAUACUUAGGCUUUUUGGUGUCGAGUGAAGGAAUACAAGCAAAUGAUAAAGGAAUUGAAGCCAUCAGAGAUUUUCCAGUCCCCAACAAAGUGCAUGGAGUUAGAAGCUUUUUAGGAUUGUGUUCAUAUUUUAGAAGAUUUAUAAAGGAUUUUUCGAGGAUUGCAAAACCAUUAUAUGAAUUGUUGAAAAAAGAUAGCGAAUUUGUGUUUGGAGAAAAAGAGUUAGAUUGUUUUGAAAUGCUAAAAAAGAAGCUCAUAGAAGCACCGGUACUAGGUUUAUAUUAUUAUAAGGAUGAGGUGGAACUACAUACAGACGCAAGUGCACAUGGUUUUGGUGCGGUAUUAUUACAGAGGAAAGAGGAUAAGAAAUUGCAUCCUAUAUUUUAUUUUUCGAAAGCUACAACGAAAGAUGAGGCAAAAUAUCAUAGCUUUGAGCUUGAAACGUUAGCCAUUAUUUAUGCUCUACGAAGAUUCCGAAUAUAUGUGCAAGGUAGACGGUUUAGAAUUGUUACUGAUUGUAAUUCAUUGACGUUGACGUUGAACAGAAUAGAACUUAACCCGCGUAUUGCGAGGUGGGCGUUAGAGUUACUCGAGUAUGACUUUGAGUUAGUUCAUAAGUCGGGAAAGCUUAUGCAACAUGUAGAUGCCUUAAGUAGGAAUACUAACAUAUGUGUAGUAGAAACAGUGAGUUUUGAAGACAAUUUAGUUAUAUGUCAAGCGAAAGAUGAAAAGUUAAAGAAAAUUAGAAUGAGGUUAGAAAAAGAAGAUGAUAAAAUGUUUGAGAUGAGAAAUGGAGUAAUUUAUAGGAAAGCGAAUGAUGGAAAAUUGUUGUUUUAUGUUCCAGAGGAAAUGGAAGACAAGAUACUGUAUAAAUAUCACAAUGAGUUAGGUCAUUUAGGUAGAGAUAAGGUUAUGGAUGCAAUUGUUAGGACGUAUUGGUUUGCAAAUAUGAAAGAGAAAGUUGUUAGACAUAUUGAUAACUGUUUGAGGUGUGUAGCGUUUUCACCGAAAUCAGGAAAAGAAGAAGGAUUUUUACACAGCAUUCCGAAAGGGAGUGUACCAUUCGAGAUUAUACAUAUUGAUCACUAUGGGCCAGUGGAUAAGGGAAGGGCAAAUAAACAUCUUUUUGUUGUCAUAGACGGGUUUACAAAAUAUGUUAGGUUAUAUGCAACAAAAACAACAAACACAAAAGAAGUUAUUAUAGCAUUGAAAGACUAUUUUAGAUCAUAUAGUAGACCGACUUGUAUCGUUUCGGAUAGGGGCAGUUGUUUUACAUCUGAAGAUUUUCAGAAAUUUCUCGAAGAUUAUAAUGUUAAGCACGUAAAAAUAGCAACAGGGUCACCUCAAGCUAAUGGUCAAGUGGAAAGAAUCAAUCGAAUAAUAGGACCAAUGAUAGCGAAAUUGGCAGACUCAGAAAAGGGAUUGCAUUGGGAUACAGUUAUUGAAGAUGUUGAGUUUUCAUUAAACAAUACAAAGCAGAGAAGCAUUGCGCAAAUGCCGAGCAAAAUGUUAUUUGGAAUCGCUCAAAAAGGAAAAAUUAUAGAUGAAUUAAGGCAAAAGUUAGAAGAAUUAGAUGAUACCGAUAAUGUUAGAAAUUUAGACGAAAUUAGGACAAAAGGAACAGAGUGUCAAACAAAGUUGCAGAAAGACAAUGAAAGAAAUUACAAUGAGAAAAAGAAAGCAAGUUCAGAAUAUAAGGUAGGUGACUAUAUCGUGGUUAAGAAUUUUGAUUGUACUGUUGGCGUUGCAAGAAAGUUAAUACCCAAACAUAAGGGUCCAUUCGUAAUAGACAAAAGUUUAGGAAAUGAUAGGUAUUUAAUUAAAGAUGUUGAAGGUUUUCAAUUGUCACGUAUUCCAUAUCAAGGUGUUUGGAGUAGUCAGAACAUUAAACAUUGGAUAGGUAAACGAAGAUAAAGCUCAAAUAUCAUGUAAAUUAUUGUAAAUAAAUAACUAAUAGUAUCUAAGUCAAAUAGAUGUAAGAAUCAAUUGUAAAAUAUCACAAGAUCAGGGGAUCUUUAAAUGUCAGGACGGCCGAAUUGUAGCAGGAUUGCUACAGAAUGUAUAUAUGUAUGUAUUGCUAUUAACGAGAAGUGUAUAUAAGUGUAUAAGUGUAUAACGGUAAACUGUUGUUAGUAUAAGUCGGUGUUGUUGCUUGUUGUCGGUUCUGGCUCUCUCUCUCUCUCUUGUGCUCUCAUCGCUCUCAUGCUCUUUCAGCGAAUUAUGAGGGUUGAUGCAGAUCGCGUGGGAUGAGAGCGGAGUCAGUCGAACACCAGCAGCGAUCCGAAGCGGACAUAUUUUAAUAAAUAAAACAAAGCGAAAUAUA